AUGAGCCCCAAGUUGGUUCUCUGCCUGUGCCUGGCGCUCUGCGGAGCCCUGGCGAUGGCCCGCCCCCAGGAGGAGGAGACCCUCGGCCAGGAGUCGAGUGUGGAGACCAGCCAGGAGCUGAAUAGCGUUGAGAACGACGCGGAGACCGAUCCCUCCACCUGGCGCAAGCUCUUCGGCAGCGAUGGCAACCUGGUCGUCAGCUUCCCGCAGCCCAGCUCCACCAAGAGGCCCACCAAAACCCCCACGACAACGAAGACACCCUACCCGCACUAUCCACACUAUCCGCACUAUCCGCACUACCCACCACCACCACCACACGGCCACUAUCCCUAUCCUGGCUACCCCUAUCCUCCGUACCCGUAUCCUCAUCCCGGUCAUGGACACGGCGGCUGGCCUCAUCCCACGACGAGUUCUACAUCGACAACUACUACCACCACCACCACCAGGAAGCCACCAACUCAUCCCACUCAUCCUGGACACCCGUAUCCUCCCUUCCCCCACUACCCGCCCUUCCCGCCACCACCACCACCACCGUACUACCCACCCUACUACCCACCACCACCACCACCACCACCACACCACCACCAUGACUCUGAUGAGUCCACCGAGGCCCCCAUCAAGCUCUGCAAGAAGUUCUUCGGCCCAUCCUGGUGCAUCUCCCGCUAG